UGGAGACUCCUAAGCUUCUCCGCCGGCGGAGGGCCAAAGGGAACGAUGGCCGGGCGGACAGCGCGGCUGGUGCUCCUAGCCGGGGUCGCCGCGAUAGCCCACUGCUCCCAGGGCGACCGCGAGCCGGUCUACCGCGACUGCGUACUCCAGUGCGACAAGCGGAACUGCUCAGGGGACGCACUGAAGCACUUCCGCUCCCGCCAACCAAUCUACAUGAGCCUAGCAGGCUGGACCUGUCAGGAUGACUGUAAGUAUGAGUGUAUGUGGGUCACCGUUGACAUCUACCUCCAAGAAGGUCAUGAAGUGCCUCAGUUCCAUGGCAAGUGGCCCUUUUCCCGGUUCCUGUUCUUCCAAGAGCCGGCGUCUGCUGCGGCCUCUUUCCUCAAUGGCCUGGCCAGCCUGAUGAUGCUCUGUCGCUACCGCACCUUUGUCCCAGCCUCCUCUCCUAUGUACCCCACCUGCAUGGCCUUUGCCUGGGUCUCCCUCAACGCUUGGUUCUGGUCCACGGUCUUCCACACCAGGGACACGGACCUCACAGAGAAAAUGGACUACUUCUGCGCCUCCACGGUCAUCCUACACUCGAUCUACCUGUGCUGUGUCAGGACCGUGGGGCUGCAGCGCCCAGCUGUGGCCAGUGCCUUCCGGGUUCUCCUGCUGCUGUUGCUGACUGCGCACGUCUCCUACCUGAGCCUCGUCCGCUUUGACUACGGCUACAACCUGGCUGCCAAUGUGGCAAUUGGCCUGGUGAACUUGGUGUGGUGGCUCGCCUGGUGCUUGUGGAACCAGCAGCGGCUGCCUCACGUGCGCAAGUGCGUGGCGGUGGUCCUGCUGCUGCAGGCGCUGUCCCUGCUCGAACUGCUGGACUUCCCACCUCUCUUCUGGAUCCUGGACGCCCAUGCCAUCUGGCACAUCAGCACCAUCCCCGUCCACGUCCUCUUUUUCAGCUUCCUGGAAGAGGACAGCUUGUACCUGCUGAAGCAGUCAAAGGCCAUAUUCAAGCUGGACUGAAGGCCCUGGGAGCGGGUCUGCCCCGCUGGGGAUUCUGCUCCCUCCCUGCUGGCUCCUCUUCUCCCCUGUCCUUGAGAUGAUUUAUUUUUUGAACUUAGACAAAAAAAAGGUAUGGGCCCAGAAUCAUGUGACUUGCCCACCACCUUGCCCCCACAUGGCCCUCACAGGCCUUGCAUCUGUUCGGGCCUGGCCUCUGAGGAUCUGGAGGAUGGACAGCCAGUCUGGUUCCUAAACUGAACUGGGGCGGAACUGUGUUCUUAGCUCCACCGAGGGGAGCACUGCCUCGCCUUCUCUGUCCGUCACCUCCUCACAUCCCCUCACUGCCUGGGGGUUGCCAGAGCCCUCUCUCCAGCUGGGAGACCAAGUACCAGGCCUUCCUGGAUCCCCUUCUGUUACCCCUUGUGCCCGCCUCCAGGGACCACUAGGUGGCACUAGACUCUUGCUCUUUGGCUGCCCAAGUGUUACGGCAGGUCUCCUGCCUCCCAUGGGAUCUUAAGGGCCCAAGCUGUUGGGAUUGGGCAGCAGUCUCACCCUGACUGUUGCCCCGACCAGACCCCCAGGAAGCCCCCCACACUCCCCCUUUGGGACCAGGACCGCAGGGAGCCCAGGACAGGAUUCUCCCCAGCUCGUGUUGCUGUGCUAGUUGGGUGCCUGCACGCAAGCGUGUGAGGGAGUGUGGACCUGACCUAGUGUGCAGGUGAUGUGUGUGGUGGUGGGCACAGGCCAGGGACAUGUGGGAUGCGGGGUGGGCGGCGUGUGAGCCCUGGCCUGGUGCAGCAUGGACAGUGGGGAAG